GAGAACGGACUUGAGGUAUACAUGCGCUGCUCGAUCGACGAUGACCUUGGCUACGUAGCUGUGCAUAACCGCGCACGCGUCACAACCGGGCAACGUUUAAACAGGUCAUAGGGAAAGUAGCGACGGCGCCGAUGCGACCUCGGACGCCAUGCGCCGCUUCCGGUCACGUAAGCCGAAGCCGCAAGACGGGAGAGCGGUGUUGGCACUUGGACUUCGCAAAGCGGUUGCGCAAAUAUUUCCAGUGGUAGCCCGUCGAUCUGCGCAACACAACCGGGGUUUUCGUCGCGGCUGUGAUACCGCUGUCUUGUGUACUACGCCGGUGACAGGUGCCGCGCUGCGGUUUUGUGGAGGCCGUCAGCGGCGCUUGACUAAGUGUGCUUCGCUGCUGGCAGUUUUCGGACGUGGCUGCCGCCGCUGUGCCACGUGAUGGCGGCUGGAAGCGAUGCCAUGGCCGACGCUGAAGGAAGAGCGUUUCACCGUCUUCGUAACUACCCGGCGGCCGGCAUCAAUUGGCGACCGACGAGGCCCACUGCUGGAACGUACCCUGGGGCUGCGAGUUCGUGGGCGACAUGGAAGCUGUAUUGCGGCACUAUGAAGAGGAGUGCACCUUCCACGCGCUUGAAUGCCCGCACUGCCGGACCGCAGUCCGGCCCACAAACCUGCUGACCCACUGCACGGCCGUAGGCGCCGACAGCGCUUCCCCUGAGCGCACAAGUGAGCCGUCCCUAGUGCGGCGUGGUGGACAAACUGCUCGCGGUAUGAAUGUACCGUUGGAAGAGUUGGUAGCCCUGAUGAGAGGCGCGGGUCGUGAUGAGCUGGCUAUCAUUCAGACUCUAUUGAACGAACUACUUGAGCGGGCAAGCAAUUUUGGCUCUUGUUUAAGCGAGGUAGCCCGCGACGUGGCAGCCUUAAGGCAUAACCCGGUGGAUGCGACUGCUGUUGCGCCAAGUGGCAAUUCAUCAGCGCUCGUCUCGUACGGAGUAGACAGUGCUAUAAACCUUCACCAGGGCAACAGCGGCGUUGCCCACGCAGCGGGAACCAGCACAAGUAUCGAGCCUUCAAACGAGGUGGCGCUUCGAAUGCUGGCGUCAUACUGCAGCGUGUCGUUGAGCGCCGUCAAAGAGUUGAAUCGCAAGGAGAAUAGACACCGACUGCGUACCAACUUUAUCCGAGAAUUUCCAGACCGAGUAGUAUUGGGUCUUUCGCCUCAGCCCUACGUGCGGUACACUUUCGAGAUCGAUGGCGCCGACAAACUGUUCUACUGUCCCAUGGAAAAUUUGUUUGAGAAAUUUUCAGACCUGGCUUUGCGGCACGAUAAUGGUGUCGUUCUUCAGUUGUCUGUGUUCAGAUAUGAACAGUAUACAUCUGGCAAUAGCUUUCUCAUGCUCUACUUGACGUUCAUACUCCUUGACAGGGCCGGCAGAGUGCCAACCCACUGCUCACUGACGGUAAUGCAUGGAGUGCCUGGAAUAAACAAGCAGAUGGAGGAAAUCAUUGGUGGCACUUUUUGUUACUCUCAACGCUCUUGUUCUUUUUCAUUCCAUACGGAACUCGACCCACUGAGAGGCGAAGGGUAUCUUCACAACAACAAACUUUACAUUCAAGCUGUCGUAUAUGUAUAGACAAUGCAAACGCAGCGGAUGCUCGCCCGUGUGAACAGGACGUGGAAAGAUGCGGGAAAUCUUUUCCUAAGCGUUAAUAACUUACUGAUGCAAAGAAAAUGAGAAAAAAAGAAAGGUCAGAAAAAAGAAUGUUGUAACGGUAGAGAAGAACGCCGCAAGUGAAAUAAGGGGGAGAGAAGGACAAGCAGAAUGAUUGAGUAGCAGUGGGAGCCGGGGAAUAGUUGGUUUGGGAUGCCUAAGAUUUGGGUGUGUCGUGGACCGCUUAAUACCGACUCAAGGCGCCAGGCUCCCGUUACAAUAUGCGAGGAGGUUUUACAAGCAGAUUCUUUGUUACCUUGCAUCUAAAUUAAUGUUCUGCAUGUCAACUGAAAAAGAGACUGCGUAUGUAUCCGUGUGUAUAGUCAUUUUACUUUGGACCCUCCGCAAAGUAUUCAUUCCGCUGUGUACUGGAACCGUAUUACUGUAUUUUACAGAGUGAUUCACGGAGCGAUAUUAAGCGAAGUUUUUAUUUGUAACCGUAAGAUGAUUCUCCUGACACGAUAUAGAGCGAAUUCUUCUGAACUGAAUAAGUUAUAAGUUGUUUCUGUAAUCGGUUUACUUGUUGUAACUCUACGUUCAGUGCAAGAAAUAAAGUGCCGUUACCGCGAAUGUCAUGCCUGUGAAAAUUAGUGUGUGCAUUUCGUAAAUUGUAGCAAUAAAUAUUUCGCCAGGUUCUUUGCUAUAGUAUCGAUAAAUAUUGCUAGAAUGACACGUGCGUUGCCUCCACCAUCAUAGCCUGAAAUCUUUAGCGCUCUGCCCAUUCGGAACACAAACGGAUGCUCACCUGCAGUGAACAGCCUGCUCUUAGAAGGGGGGGAUACAUAUAUUGACUGGUCACAAUUUAGCUCGUCCCACAAUGGGGCGCUGUUUUUCGUAGUUGAUAUUCUGUAUAAGUUUUUUGAAGCUGUGUUCUGCUCAUCGAUAAACGCUGUCAAGGAAAACCAGUCAAAAGAAAUGGACACCUUUGUUCCUUUUGUUGCAAGUGUUCGCUUUGUAUUCUCUGUCUACCGACUGUUCCCUGGAGGUUCGGAGGUUAGACAUGUUAUGAACCUGAUGUAUCCUUAUGUCUACUAAAUACUUCUAACAUUACUGAGUCUUUAUUAAUAAAUUCUCAUUCUGAACCUGAAGCGAUGCUGUGUGUUUUCUCCCAUAUUGACUACGACGUAAUGAAGGUAAUUUGUUCAA